UCAAACUUGUGUUCAAACCGUAGCAUGCAGCCGUAGACUCUAAUAACUAAACACUGAAGUGGAAAAAGUCGUCUAAAUAUGCCAGAUGUGUGAUUAAAGCUGUUGUCAACCAUGAAAGGAACGGCUAAAAGCAAGGUGGUGACAUCAGGGAGGCUGACGGGACGAGUCAAAGUGCAGCCGACGAGGAGACGAGUUUCUCAAAGUCAAGCGCUGGCUUCACGCCCCGAGCCGGCCUUCUCUCUGUACUCCACAGACUCUGAAGACCAGGUCACGACUCUCCACAACGGCCUGGACCGAUGUGCUGCCUUGCUCAGUGGCAUCCUUCAGGCUGAUCAAACAGAAGCCUCGCCAGAUGUUCCCCAAGCGCUCAAAGCAGGAGCAGCCAAAUCAAAACCAUCGCCUUCACAGGGGAAGAAGACCAUAAAGAAAGUCGCUCCACAGACAGAUCAGAGGAUCUGUCGGUCGGUCCAGCGCGCAGCAGGCGGCAAAACUCCCAAAACGCCACAUCUGUCUCCAGCUGCACACUCAGGAGUGAAGCUGCAGAAACAUCCUCGCACACAAAACUACGCGCUGCAGCACCUCUCCUCUUCAACUCCUCACACCGCCACCCCUCCUCCCUCUAACCGUCCUCCCACGCCCAAGACCGACUGCUGCCCUGCUGCUGAAGCUCCAAACUCUCCCUGUAAGGAUGGAGGCGAGGACGAGUUUGUCCCCGUGAGAGACGUCGAUCCCCAAAGCUCCAGCACACACACAGCUGUCACAAACACACACACCUGCACCUUAAAGACACCCGACAUGCAACUGGAGCGUGCACAGGGUGAAGGAGCCCCCCUGCAGGACUCGCACAGAAAACAGACGGAAGAGAAAGUGAGGACGGCUCAGGGUCUGCUGGGAGAACUCCGAGCUGUGAUCGCAGGACAAGGCAGUGCUGCAGAGAUCCUGCUCAGUCACCUGGAGCAGACUGUGUCCUCCUCCUCCUUGUCGUCACUGAUGAAAGCUGCAGGUUCAGACGUUGAGACUGAGCCUGAGCUUUCAUCUCUGCAGAGCCAGAACACACAGCUACGCAGGCGCGUGAGGACUCUGCAGCAGCAGUUGAAGCAGAGAGAAGAAGCGGAGAAGCGUCCGAGCGUGGAGACUCUGUGUACCUCAGAAGUUUUGAUUCUGCAGGACGAGCUCACGGUCGCUCAGUCUCAGCUGCAGGAACUCCAGAGUGACCUCACAGAAGUACGGGAAGCCCUGCAGGACACACAGAGCCGGCUGAGAGAGAGCGAGGCAAAGAAUCAACUCGGUCUGACGGACUUGGAGGCCACGAGGAGCAGGCUGUUGGAGAGCGAGCGAGAGAAGAGCGAGUUGGCUUCAGUCGCUCAGAAAAGACAGGAGGAGAUAGACAACCUGAACCGGAUUCUGCAGAGUCGUGAUUCUUCAGUGUGUCCCCCAGUCGUCGACACUCAGACAACAAAUCAACAUUUUAACCAACUGCAGCUGAGACAGAACCCGGCAGCGCCCCCGUCAGACCGGAUCACACAAUACCUUCUGUCUAUGGAUCAGCUGGAGCGCACACACACCGAGCAGGAGCAGGUGUGUGUGUCUGCAGACAGAGACCUCGCAUCCCGUCCUGACAUCACACCCGCAGACUCCUCAGUCCGCUCCGACGUGCUGCAGCUGGAGAUGCAUCGACGACAACUGUUUAGCGGCGCCCCCUCCCUGUGUGACAGGGAAUCGCUGAGCUCUGAUUGGAGCGUGCGUUCAGGCUCGUCCUUUAACACCAGAGACGAGGUUGCGUUCAGAGACGGUCUGGCCGCUCUGGAUGCGAGCAUCGCCAGUCUGCAGAAGACGAUUCAGCUGGACAUUAGGAGAUGAUCAGCUCCGCUUUACAGCUUUGAUUUCAAAUAUAACAACAUCUGUAUUUUAUUUUGUAUUUUAACCUGUUUAAUAAUUUAUCAGAUUUAUGAAUAAAGCUUUUUAAAUUAUG